CUAAGGAAGAUGUCUGCUACCAUUUGCAAGUGGUUUGCGGCUGUUGUUGAAAAGAAAUGUUUAUUCACUUUAUUCUGUCUUUCAUGUGCUUUAGGUAAGCGUCUGUAAAUAUUCGCGUACAUUUCAAGCCGUGUAGCUCUGCUUUAGUGGCAGUGAAACGAGAUCUGCAGGCGGUUAUUUGCAGCCGCGUGUGAACAUCGAAACCAUCGAAGACGACGAACUGCCACACCAUGAGUCGCGCUAGUCAAGAUGGUGACGCUCCCAUGAAAGUGUACAAGAAAGCAGAACUGCAGGAUUAUGUCCAGCCACAAAAAUCAAAGUCUUCAAAAAAGAAGGGCUCAAGUUCGAAGCAAGAGCCAGCGCAAGAAACUCUGGAGCGUUUGGAGUCAAGCAUGAGCAGCAACCAGGGACCGGAACAACAGGGCGGUCCCGAAGAGGAGCGUUCGAACAUUGCCAUGACGCAGAACGCGACGCGACGCAAGCAGCGUUUCGUCAACUUGUACAGCCAGGAAGGACGGGCGCGCGACGUCGUGUUGCUUCCAGGCCGCCAUCCGUGCGAGUGUCAGGCCCACCGGCACGCGCUCAUCAACAACUGCCUCCGCUGCGGCCGCAUCGUCUGCCGACAGGAGGGGUCGGGCCCAUGCUUCACCUGCGGCAAUUUGGUGUGCACUAAUGAAGAAAAGGAGAUCCUGUCUCAUGAUUCAAAGAAGAGCCACCAGCUUCGAAACAAGCUCAUGAACCAGACCAUCGAUGAGGGUCUUGCCAAGGCCAUUGAGCAUAAGAAUCGGCUUCUUGAGUAUGAUCGUACCUCGGAACGCCGUACCCGGGUCAUAGAUGACAAUGCCGACUAUUACUCCUCUGACAACAAGUGGCUGACGCUUGAACAACGAGAAAUGAUUCGUAAAAAGGAACAAGAGUUGCGUGCAGAGCAGCAUGCUUCGCGAAGACAGCAGAAGGUGACACUAGAUUUCGCUGGCCGCCAAGUGGUGAAGGAGGACCCACAGCAUGCCAGCAUCCAGAGCUUGUUGCAGUCACUAGUAGCACCUAUGGCUGAAACGAAUAUCAACGACCGUGUGUGUAGAGAAGUGGAAUCCACACAUUUUAUGGAUCCAGCCUUGGACAUGCCACCCCCUGAGUAUAUGCCAACUGGGGCCCUCCGAGCACCAAAACGUAACCGUCCCAUGGGCGACAAUAGCCUGGUGUCCACCUCAAGCAGUGGACAAGUCCUCAGCUCCCGCAUUCAGGAUCGAGCUCUCAUGGAAAUGUCCGAUGAUGGCUUUGCGCUCUCUGUGCAACAACCAUUUGCCGGUCUGCUAGUUUCUGGAAUCAAAAAGCACGAAGGGCGUGCUUGGUUCACAACAUACAGGGGCCGUCUGUGGAUCCAUGCAGCCAGCAGACAGCCCUCGCAGGAGGACAUUAGUGAAGUGGUUGGCAUCUAUCGCAAGAUUGUCAACGAGACGGAAGUUGUGAAAUUUCCGGAUGAGUACCCAACGAGCUGCCUCUUGGGAUGUGUCAAUCUUGUUGACUGCCUGCCUCAGGACAUUUAUCGUGAACAGUAUCCAUUUGGGGAAUGCUUCUCUCCUUUUGUUUUCAUUUGUGAGGAACCCCAAGAGCUGAAAACAAAGUUUCCAAUGAAAGGGCAACACAAAAUCUUCAAAAUGGACUCAAGGCUACACCAUGCAGCAAAGAAAACACUGCUCUGUCCUCAAAUCUUGGCAAGCUGACCAGUUUUUUUUUUUUUUUUUUUUUUUUCAACUGUGGAAAAUAA